AGCACCUAUAAACAAACGAAUUGCAAACGAAAAUUUGACGUGGUUGGGCUUCCUGGUUGGGGAGAGUUACUGCGUAAUAUUGCGCGGGGAAAUAACUGUGCCGUUGCAAAUCAGUUGGUCGUUGAAUUGGCUGGAAUCACCUGACCGUAACAGUACUUGUAAACCCUUUUAACAGUAAAAUCUCAUACUGGUGCAAAAUUGAGGUGCUCAAAGUUUCUUGUGCUUCGAUUGAUAUUCCCGCUAGACAUCGUUACCCCACCUUCCGAAUGCUAUACGGAUCGUUCGGUGAUUGAUUAUAAAACGCUUUGGGACCAAAUCCAUGAUCUCAAAUCUAUCCUGAUAACUCAUGUACUUUGCUAUUCCUCUUUGAACACUGGUAGUGGUGCCCACUGGGGAAGUUUUGGUCUUUAAAAUACUUCCGCAACGAAUACAACAACUGACAUGGGCUCUGCGCCUUCCAAGCAAAUGCGCGGCCCACAAGAUCUCGCCGAAAUCGAGGAGCGCCGAAUGGAAGCGAAACAGAUUUCGCGUCGAUUAGACGAAGCCUACAUGCGUAUGCGAAAAACUGACGAUAUGUUUGAGCUACUGGUAUGCAAGCACGGCGAUCUCAAACAUGGAGAGAUUCGCGAGCUCACCAUAGAGAAUGCCAAGCUUCUUCUGAUAAGAGAUGCAGACCAGUAUUUUAUUGUCGGAAACAAGUGCAGCCACUACAAUGCGCCACUUCGCAAAGGAUCGUACUUUAACGGACGAUUACGAUGUCCAUGGCACGGAGCCUGCUUUAACCUGGUAACUGGUGAGAUCGAAGAAUAUCCGGGAAUCGAUGGAAUACCCGCAUUUCCGGUGAAAGUUGUAAAAGGGAAUGUAAUAGUCGAUGUUGAUCGGCGACUCCUGGGAAAGGCCAAGGUUAUUCCCGCUAUGGCACGGGCCGAUAAAGCGAACGAAACCAUUUUUGUCAUUGUCGGGGGAGGUAAUCUCGCCGUUGUUUACUGUACUGCUUUGAGAGCACAGUUAUUUCAAGACUCAGUACGUAUAUAUUUAGGUCCAGCUGCCCUAGUCGCGGCGGAAACUCUACGUCGCAAGAAUUUUCGGGGACGUGUGGUCAUUUUUGCGAAAGAACAGCUUCCGCCUUACGACAGGCCUAAGCUCAGUAAAAUGUUAGACGUAGAUGCUGACCUUUUACUCCUUCGUGAUCACGCUCAUUUUAAAAAAUAUGACAUCGAAUUGAUGCUCGAUCAGGAGAUUGUGAAUGUGGACACUAAUGAUAGAACCGUAACAGCGAAAACCAAGCUGAUGUUGCGAUAUGACAAGCUCCUUAUCUGUACAGGAGCCAGCCCAAAGCGGUUAGAUGUGCCAGGAAACAACCUGAAAAACAUUUGUUUCCUACGCACACCAGAAGAAGCAAACCAUAUUUGUGCGACUGGCAAAGAUAAAAAUUUGGUCAUCGUCGGCGCAUCGUUUUUAGCACUAGAAGUUGCGGCAUUUAUGGGCUAUAAAGCUAGAUCAGUUACGAUAAUCUGCCGUCGGAUGUAUCCGUUUGAGAACCUACUGGGGCGUCAUAUUGGAAAGCUUUUGCGUCAGAUGUUGGUGGAUCGAGGGGUAACCUUCCAUGAAGCAAGCAACGUGGAGGGUUUCGAAGGCACCGAUGCAGUCCAUUCAGUCUCACUACGCAACUACAAGAAAAGUGAAGCGCUCUCUGUCCCGGCUGAUCUAGUAUUAGUCGCUAUUGGUACGGUCCCGAAUACCAAAUGCCUCGUGCAUUCUGGAAUUGAGUUGGACGAUGAAGGGUUCAUCAAUGUUGAUCAAUUUAUGCGUACAAGCGUCGAGCGUGUAUUCGCUGCCGGUGAUUGCUCCACUUUUCCUUUAUCUGAUUCCGGAUUAAGAGCAAAAGUACAGCACUGGGCUAUGGCGCAUUCACAAGGGCGAAUAGCAGCGCUUAACAUGAUGAGUUCUGGACAUUUAGAACCGCUGCGAUCGGUACCGUACUUUUGGACUACCAUCUUUGGAAAGAGCAUUCGUUAUGCUGGAUACUGCGAUAACUUUGACGACGUGAUGAUCAGUGGCGAUAUCGAGAACGGGCGCUGGGUAGCAUUUUAUUUAAAGAAAGAUGACGUCAAAGCAGUGGCGACGAUGAACUAUGACGGUGUGACCUCACAGUUUGCGGAUUUACAGAUGGCUGGCAAAUUUACUACGCGCGCCGAUCUUUUGUAUGAUAUUACUAAAAUUUUAGCACUCUACAACAACAUAGCAUUGGUGGAGGUCAAUUACAUUUGGGCGGAAUCCAAAUUACCUUAUUCCAAACCGACAGAUGAUACGCAACUCUGCAGCUUUGCUAGGCUAAUAUGAUCGGCAGUGGGACGGGCUCUGAAAGCAGGCGGAUCGAAACAACAGAAGCGAAGCCGCUGCGAGGCUUCCAGGUCAUGGUAUUUUUUUGGUACGAGUCGUAGUCGUUAUUCUCAGUUUUGGUUCUUUCGUUGUUGUAUCCAGAAUGGGUAUCCUGUUUUCGAUGAACUAACAUACUUAGUUGUUUACAUUUUCCUUUGUCCUAGUUAUUGCUUGCUGUUGAGUACUUUAACAAUGAAAAGGUGUCAACUGAACGUAAAUAUGAUCGAGUAGUAAUGCGACCGCUAAGUUUCUGUACAUCAGGGUCCAG